AUGAUCGCGUCAAGACCAGCAUGGCGCGUGUUUGAAUAUGAAGACCUCCAUGAAACUACAAUCAAUGAUGCUCGCCGUUUCGCCAUCACACUUCACAUCAUCUGGCUGAGUGGGCUCAUUGAUAGUGGCUCGUUCAAGCCCGUUUCCACCAAACGAGUUCCCCUCAUGUACCUCUUUGCCUGCGAAGUGUCCACGGCCAUUAUUUCUCCGGCAGCUGGUGUGACUAUCUGUUGGUCGAGAACCGCCUAUAGCAGAUCUGUCUUUAUUGGAGCAAGCUCAUUUGAACUUCUAACGUCGUGGCGAGCGGUUGCCAGAAGGCUUCUUCUUGGAGUAGCAUACAAUCCCGUGCUUGAGAGGAAUCUUUCCUAA